AUGGGCGAAGGAGGCUAUCGACAGAUCAACAAGACACUGAAUGCCUGUGCAUUUGAUGACUAUCUCGUGACCCAGCAGUCACGACUACCCAAACUGCUAGAUGUCGAGCAGCUCAGCCCCCGGGUGCUGCGUGUCCUUGGUCAGAAUGCAGGAAAGUUCACCUUGCAAGGAACAAACACCUAUAUCGUCGGCACGGGCCAGCACCGCCUCAUCAUCGACACCGCACAAGGGUACCGCGAAUGGGCCGAUCUGAUUGAUGUCACUCUAUCAGACCGGUCAAUCUCUUUGUCCCACGUGUUCCUGACACACUGGCAUGGUGACCAUACUGGCGGGGUACCUGAUCUCAUCAGAAUGUACCCCCACCUAGCCGAUGGCAUCUACAAGAACACGCCCGAGCACGGCCAACACCCCAUCGAGGAAGGUCAAAUCUUUCAGGUCGAGGGCGCGACCAUCCGCGCAGUUCACGGACCAGGUCAUUCCCACGACCACAUGUGCUUUGUCCUCGAGGAAGAAAAUGCCAUGUUUACGGGCGACAAUGUCCUUGGUCACGGCACGAGCGCCGUCGAGCAGCUGGGGCUCUACAUGGAAACUCUCCGUAAGCUGCAAGCACAAGGAUGUAAGACGGGCUAUCCCGCCCACGGUGCCGUCAUCCCCGAUCUCAAUCUCAAAAUUUCCACCGAGCUAGCACAGAAGACGCGUCGAGAGAAGCAGUGUCUUGCUGCACUGGGUCGGAUCCGGAAGGAGAAGUCAUCGGGACAGUUGGCCAGUGUGACUGUUAGUGAGCUUAUUGAUGUAAUCCAUGGCACCUGCGUAGAUGAGGAAGUGCGCAAAAUGGCGUUAGAGCCAUUCAUGGAGGAGGUCUUGAGGAAAUUGGCGGAGGAUGGCAAGGUGGCAUUCCGCGUGAGGAAGGGGGUCAAGACUUGGUUUGCUCUUGCCUGA